AUGGAUGACAGAGCAGACUCUCUGAUGACUGUGCAUCUUCUUGCCAAUUCAGGACGCUCAUCACUUCUGCAGCAAACUCUGGAUCGGCUUUUGGAGUGGGUCUGCCCAGACAUUCGACUUUUUCUGGUGUCUGAGCGAGUUUCUCCAUUGAAAUACUAUGAGAGGUAUCGUAAGAGAAGCUGUGGCUUUCCUGGAAUGUCUGUUCUCCUUUUUCUACAUGAGGACUUGGGAGAAGAACGGAUUUUCCAGGUCCAUGAGCUCUUCCAGUGUCCGCCCUGGCGCUACCAGUGUGUCCAGAUUGCUAAUGGACAAAGCCACCCCUAUGCCCCAGCUCACCAGGACUUCUAUGGCCUGGAUGACCAGAUGCCUGUGUGGGGCAUCAGGCGGGUGCACUGUGGCCCCGAAAUCCUGCGUGUCACCCUCUACUGCAGUUUUGAUAACUAUGAGGAUGCAGUGAGACUCUACGAGAUGAUCCUACAGAAAGAAGCAACUAUGCAGAAAAGUAACUUCUGUGUCUUCGUGCUGUACUCAACCCAAAAUAUUGCCGUGCAGCUCUGCUUGAAGCAGCUGCCCAUUGGGGUAGCUGCCGAGCCAAAGGAGUCAUCGGCCUUGCAGUUCAAGGUGCAAGAAAUCGGGCAGCUGGUGCCUCUCCUGCCUAACCCAUGUAUUCCUAUCAGUAGCACCAGGUGGCAAACGCAAGACUAUGAAGGAAAUACAAUUCUACUUCAGGUUCAAGACAGCUUAAAGCCCCAUGAAACAAAUGCUGGGCUUUCCCAUCAGCAUAAUAAUGCAGGCAACGAAAAAAUCCUGCAGGACUCUGUCCCAGCCCCUCUCCCUGUAAAGUGGGAUAAUCCUGGGCAGAGAAGCGGGGAGGUGAGAGCCACGAAGGGUAAAACAAAAUGUGACCAAAGCGAAGCCCUCACUCCUGAGCAAGCCGGUGGUGAUCUCCACAGGCACUUCUCUUCUCACAGUGGUCCAGCGACCUCCUCGUGGUGGGAUGCCAUCUCCCUCCGCAGACAGGUGGGCAGCGAGUGGCAGGCCUCUCUCCAGAAGAGCCGUGUUCGUCGGCAGGCAGUGGAGACCAAUGUCGACACCGGGCUCGCCGUGGCGAAUCCUGCGAGUGGCUGGGGGCCACCACACAGCUGCGCCCACGAGCCGCGUGUUUUCCUGCGGAGCAGCCUCCUCCGGCCACGAGCACCCACGGAUGGGGCUGGCAGUGCCAUGCCCUCCCAAGACAGGACUCAGCUGCUGUUUGCUGCAGCCAAAAGGAGUGAAGGAACAGGGCAAAGAGCUUCGGCCUUCCCCUCGCAAAGACCACGAGCCAGCCCUGCAAACAGAACGGAGGACGAGGAGGAGGAAUUCUUUAUAUGA